AUGUCGUUUUCCUCCCAUGAACUCAUCCUCACUAGCUCACCCGACGGCCCCAUCAUGGUCUAUGACACGGUCAACCGCACCGCCGUGACCCGGUUCUCCGGCAGCCGAUCUCCUUGCCGUGGGCUGACCAUGGCGGGUCGGAGAUUGUUGGCAGUCUCACACGUAUCCUCAGACACUGGUGCAGGCUCCAUCAAUGUCUACAAUUGGCACGGGUCUACUGUGUUUAGGAACUUUCCUUUGCCUGAAGCCGUUGCCCCCAUCGUUGCUACAUCUGAUGGUACAUUUCUCUUUGGUGGUGGAAUCUCAGGGAGAGUUUUAUCCCUUUCAGGUUCUUCUGGGGAUGUGAUUAGAUCAGUCGCUGCACACUCAAGUCCAGUUUCUAGUCUUCAUUUGAGCGAUGAUGGGUCACUUGUUAUUUCAGGCAGUGAAGAUGGCACAAUUGUUGUUGUCCCUACCUUUAAGAUGGUUGUUGUUGGGGUUUCAUCCGAGGAGGAGGACAUGGAUGACUUGAUCUUGCACAAAUGGAAGGCACAUUCUGAUUCUGUGACUGCUUUGAAGUCUGUGAUGGGUACUUUGGUUUCUUGCUCAUUGGACGGCACAUGCAAGUUUUGGAAUCUGGGAAAUUGUGGGAUUCUCAUGAGGACUGUGACAUUCCCAUGUUCUAUUUUUGGGGUUGUCUUGGAUUCUACAGGGUCAGCAUUUUACGCUGCUGGUUCAGAUGGGUUUGUUUAUCAUGGGUUGGUGAAGGUUGAGAGUAGAAAAUUACCAAAUAAGGUCUGUGAGGUGAGCACCUGGCCUCAGGGUCAUAGUGGGUCAAUUGUGUCAUUGGUUUUGGUGAAUGAAGAGAGGAAUUUGGUGUCUGCUGCAGAAAAUGGGAGUGUGUGGAUGUGGAAUGUGAAGAAAGGAGAAGUCAUAUUGGUUUUUGGGGAUGAAUUGAUAAACAUUAGUGAUAUGAUUGUGAUGAAGGGAAAUAUUGGUGGAUUUGGAGUUGGAAAGAGAAAUAAUGUUGCAGUUGGGGAAGGUAAUGGGUUAUUCACUUCUUCUGGUUUAUGUGACCAAGAGAUGAUUAAGACUCUAAAGCAAAUCACAGAGCUUGGGGAGAUCAAGGAUGUGGUGGUGCAAGAUAAGAAAAAGGCCAUUGACAUGUUGGAAUCUGCCAUUGAAAUGUAUGAGAGACUUUUGAAGCUUAUCCUUAAGGAAGCUACCAAAGCCAUUGAAGAGGAAGAAGAGGAUGAAGAUGACAGAGAAGAGCAACAAGCAAAAGAUGAUAAGAAGGAAGACCAUUAA